AUGGCGUUGAACGGAACAAUGGAGCAUAAUCACGGAAACGGAACGGUGCUAUCGGGCAUACCGAAAAUUCUGAUCGACACCGGUCAAAGGAAUCGCUCGGACGUGUACGACGUCGACGUGAACGGCCACGAGUUCGAGCAUGUACUACGGCUGAUCGCCAAGGCGACCGUGAUGGGUUUCAUAAUCCUGAGCGCGUUGCUCGGCAAUCUAUUGGUGAUCGUGUCCGUGAUGAGGCAUCGCAAGCUACGGGUCAUCACAAACUAUUUCGUGGUCUCGUUGGCCCUGGCGGACAUGCUUGUCGCGAUAUUCGCGAUGACGUUCAACGCGUCCGUUGAGCUGUCCGGCCGUUGGUUGUUCGGUUACUUCAUGUGCGACGUGUGGAACUCGUUAGACGUGUACUUCAGCACCGUGUCCAUUCUUCAUCUGUGCUGCAUCAGCGUGGACCGUUAUUACGCGAUCGUCCAACCGUUGGACUAUCCGUUGAUAAUGACAAAUUUCCGUUUGAGCGCGAUGCUAAGCGUGGUCUGGUGCUCGCCGACGGUGAUGAGCUUCCUGCCGAUAUUCGCCGGAUGGUACACCACCGAGGAACAUCUAGAGUUUCGGCGUAGCUACCCGGAUGUGUGCGUUUUCCAAGUGAACAAACUGUACGCGGUGGUCAGCUCCAGUGUUAGUUUCUGGGUGCCCGGUAUCAUUAUGAUCGCGAUGUACUACAAGAUCUACAGGGAGGCCGAUCGUCAGGAACGAAUGCUGUACCGGAGCAAGGUGGCCGCGGCACUUUUGAACAAACAUCUGCAGAUCAACGGCAUUUCCGCCGGUCUGACAACGCUGCCGACCGUGGAUCAAUCCUCGCCGGAACCACAGCCGGAAGAUCCGCCGAUCACGAACAGCAGUAAAAUGAGGAGGGAACGAAAAGCGGCGAGGACUCUCGGUAUCAUCAUGUCCGCGUUUCUGGCUUGUUGGCUCCCAUUUUUUCUCUGGUACAUCAUCACGUCCCUCUGCGACACCUGCGAGAGCAGCGACGCGGUGGUCGCGGUGGUCUUCUGGGUCGGUUACUUCAACAGCGCCCUGAACCCGUUGAUCUACGCGUACUUCAAUCGUGACUUCCGGGCCGCGUUCAAAAAGACACUGGAGAGCUGUUGCGUGGCGAUCGGUCCGGUUCGCGACCUGCACCAGGUGCACAGGAAACAGGACCUGGUGCACAGCAACGCGUCCUCGGAGUUGCACGUGAACAAUCAGCUGCGAAACAGCGAGAUGACCAACGUGCACAUCGAGGCGUGCAUCUGA